AUGUCUCUUAAAACCUUAUUAUUUAGAGCAAUUAGUAGAGAGAACAAAAAGAUAUUGAAUUUUACACCAUUAUUAGUUAGAAAUCAUUAUGAAGACCAUAAGAAUGAUGUAAGAAAUAAGUUUGGGAAAACUGCUAUAGUCCUGUUCGGUUCAGUUCUUGUCGGAUCAGCUGUUAAAGAGAAACUCAGUGAAACAGAUAAGAAAGAAGAAUUAAUAGAGGCAGGCAUUAAACGGACAGAUUUACCAACUUAUAGAGCUGAUGAAGUUAGCAAACACUCAACCAAAUCAAGUUUUUGGGUGACAUACAAGCAUGGAGUGUAUGAUGUCACUUCUUUUCUACCUUCACAUCCUGGUGGGGAGCAGAUCCUUAACGCUGGUGGUUACAGUAUAGAGCCAUUUUGGAAUGUAUACGGAAUGCAUAAAACUCAGGAGGUCUAUCGUCUGCUGGAGUCGUACAGGAUAGGCAAUCUUCACGACGAAGACGUUCUGGACCACUCUGACGACGAGUUGUGGGCCAAAGAGCCUUUUAGGGACGAUAGGUUACUCGUGAAGACAGCAAAACCUUUCAACGCCGAAAUACCACCCAAGGAGCAGGUGCAACACUUCGAUACGCCCAACGAAUUGUUCUACGUGCGUCAACAUAUGCCGGUCCCCGAAUUGGACGCGAAAUGCCAUAAAAUGAAGAUUUAUUUAAAAGGAGCCAAGAAUAAAGAAUUUGAGUUUACCCUGAAAGAGCUGGAAAAAUUCAAGACGGUUUCCAUUCGCGCGGCGCUGAUGUGUGCUGGUAAUCGCCGGAGUGAGAUGAACAAGCAGGUGAAGCCAGUAAAGGGAUUAAGCUGGGCGGGUGGCGCUAUUAGUAACGCAGUUUGGACUGGAGUACGACUGAGGGACGUUCUUUUGCAUUGUGGCGUAGACCCGGAGGAUACAGAUGGAAAACAUGUCAUUUUCACAGGCGCGGACAUGGAUGCCACAGGAGUAAAUUUCAGCACGUCCAUACCGCUACACUUCGCAGUGGAUCCUCGGGCAGACAUAAUCCUCGCGACCAAGAUGAACGGGGAGCCGUUGCCCUUGGAUCAUGGAUACCCGCUGCGGGUAAUAGUGCCUGGGGCUCCAGCCGUCCGAAGCGUCAAAUGGUUGGAAUCAAUAACAAUAUCGAAGGACGAGAGCCCCUCCCACUGGCACCAGAAGGACUACCGUUCCUUCAAUCCGACCAAGACCUGGGAGACUGCAGAUUUCAGCACGGCUCCCCCUGUCUAUAGCUUACCGGUUACUUCAGCGCUCUGCGAUCCACUCGAAGGGGACACAGUUGCAGUUAAGGAGGGGAUAGUCACACUCAAAGGAUACGCUUACUCCGGUGGCGGAGCUAAAGUUCUUCGUGUGGACGUUAGCACUGACCAGGGCAAGACCUGGUCUGAAGCAGAACUACAAAGCGACCCCGCACCUCCGCGGCAGCACUACUCCUGGACGCUGUGGUCUCUAAAGGUGCCUGUGCAGCGAUCUGUUAAUCAGAUGGAGGUCUGGGUCAAAGCCACGGAUAGCAACUUCAACACUCAACCUGAAAGAUUUGAAGACAUCUGGAAUAUCCGUGGUAUUUUAAGUAAUGCCUAUCAUAGAGUCAAAUUCUGUUUGCAACACUAA